CUUCUGCCGGACACUGGAUCAAUGUGAAUGGUGUGUCCAUGAUUUUGAUAGCAUAAACCAGGAUCUUCUUCGCCUUGCUUGAAUGUUGACCUUGGCAUCUGCAGUCUCAGAGCCAGGAUUACAGAUUCCAUCGCCGGAUCCAAGGAGGAAGAGUGUGAGGGAGAAGUCGAUCUCACCGUCGCAACAAACCGAUCAAUCAUCUCCCACUCUUUCUUCCGGCCUACCCUCGUGUCAAGACGCAGAUCAAGACUAUGUAAGCCCGGAGGAUUCCAGCAGGAUGGUAGAACAGAUCUGCUGCAUAGUCCUCCAAGCACAGGCGCAUGUAAGUACUCGCUCAAUCAAGUGCCUUAGCGUGCUUAGAACCGUACUUCAUUCGACGUUAAUCUAGGCGUGAUUUUAGGCACUCAAUGCUCCUCCCGCGCCCUUAAAUAAUAAAUAAAGAUGCAGAUCGCUUGGGGUCGAGUCGCAAGGCUGACCCCUCAUAACAACAAACCCUUCAUCACGUAUUUGUGGGUGAUAGUCUAUCUUCCACGACACGACAGGAUCAUCUCUACAAUGGUCUGAGGGUGUCUACGUGAUGAGGGCAGUUUGGUCCUUACACUCAGAAACCAUGGUACUCAGAAACAUUUGUGGUAACUAAUGAUCCAUUCAAAUCGACCCUACAAUCAUGUCCAUCAAAGCCAUCUUCUACAGCAAAUUUGACCCCCAUGAAGGACCAAAGAUUGUUCACCAAGUGCCAGAAGACUCGAUCCUGACGACGACCACCGAAAUCCCCGCAAGCAAUGCCACCUCAUCUUCUCCGCUUCUAUCCUUUCCCACCAUAUCACGCUUCGUGAUACCUCGUCAGUCACUCUGUGGGAACCUCAUAUCAUUGUCACCGCCUCCUCUGACACCAAAUACACCACCUACGCUUGUCCUCUCGUACCCGAUCUGCUUGACGUCUCCGCAUUAUCCGCGAAAUGAAUUCAUUUUCAACUUUGCGCUUUUGCUGGGCGAGCCCAGUACCACGGAUGUCGCAUCAUACAAGUCCGUGGUCAAGAAGCUGGCACAUCUGAUGCGCAGUCUGGAGGAACAAUCAAGGUUCUUGAGUGACGAUGCGUCUCCUCCAAACUCUGGCAAGAUAUACAGUUUAUGCGAAAUGCUCAUGGAGGAUCUGAACAAUUACUGUGAAUGCAUGAUCCCAAUUGACGAGCUCAAUACCUUGAACAUCAAGCUGUUCCCUUCGCUGCCGAAUCCCGCCAGUGUCAAGCCGUGGUAUGUACCGCUGUUCACGGUGAGAAUCGAGACCAUGAUCGACGAAAACUGGGAUUUGACCAUGUUACGGAUCAUUCCUUACAUCAACGGUGUCAACAGCGUCAAGAGGAUAGCAAUGUUGGCCGAUGCCGAUCUCAAGCUCACCAAGAAGUGCGUCAAGCAUUUGCUGUACUAUGGCUGCGCUAUCCUACUCGACAUAUUCAGCUUCAACGCGAUCUACGCCCCGACGGCCGAGUUUUCCAACCUGAUCGCCAAAGAUCCCGCCAUGCAACUGGAAUGCGCUCGUUAUGUCAACACGGCACUCGCCCCGGCGGCCCAAGAAGAAGCCAUCAUAGAUAGCGCCACGGAACGGAGGACCAGCGGCUUGACGUCGCUCACAUUACAAGACGAUGACAUCUGGCCGCUCACUGGCAAAGGUGAUCCCAUCGACGGCGUCGGCAUAGUCCAGCUCUUUGCUUGUCUCAGACAAGGGUUAACCGUUCGGGAAUGGUACGCACAAAAUGCGGACAUGCUCGCAAACAUCGACAUGCGACGGUUCAUCACUUUUGGUGUCAUCAAGGGUUUUUUGUAUCGUGUACACCGGUACGCUAUCAGAACUCAAAAGGCACUCGGUCCAAAUUCUCAGAUCCAUAACCAUCAUCAUGAUCGUAAUCAUAAUCAGCAUUCCGAUUACGACUCGGAGGACCUCACCAGAAGCAUGUCGAGUGAGCGACAUUUGACUGAGGAUACAUCCAGGCGGAAGGGGAAGAACGUCGUUAGGAGGACGUCCGAUCGAGGGGGGGUGUCUGAUCGUCAUAUCAACCAUAGAAUCAUUGAAUUUCUGGAUGGUACACACUGUUUCGAUGAGAUCUGUACGGAAUUGGACAUUAGCGAAAAGGAAUUGAUGGACAGAUUAAAGAGUCGAGAUAUUGGUGAAGCAGUUGUGAUAUGUAGAUGAGCACGUACAUACCUAGGUACCUAGGUAUUCAACAAGACAUGCCUUACGAGUCCUCUAGACUUUUCAAUGAUACUAGGUGCUACG